AUUGUCACUGUCAACGAAUCAGAAUCAGCUGGCAAUCAUUUUAAAUUUUUUCCAAAACCUCUAUAGAAGACUUUUAAACAAAAUCCCUAUAAAAAAAAAGAUUCAAAAUAUGCUCCGUACAGCCUUAGGCAAAGCCCUAAAAGGGGCGCAACUUAGCCCCAAGCACGCUCGGGUUAUGAGUCAACAACCGAAAAAGCCUGAACAAAUCGAAGUAUUCAUCGACGAUAUUCCAGUAAAAGUCGAUCCAGGAACGACAGUAUUACAAGCAGCGGCAAUGGUAGGAGUGGAAAUACCCAGGUUUUGUUAUCACGAACGAUUGGCGGUGGCUGGGAAUUGUAGGAUGUGUUUGGUCGAGGUGGAGAAAAGUCCUAAGCCUGUGGCUGCUUGCGCUAUGCCAGUAAUGAAAGGUUGGCGAGUCAAAACCGAUUCGGAAAUGACCAAAAAAGCCCGCGAAGGCAUCAUGGAAUUCCUCCUAAUCAACCACCCACUGGACUGUCCCAUUUGCGACCAAGGAGGCGAAUGCGACUUGCAAGACCAAAGCAUGGCCUUUGGUUCAGAUAAAUCCCGCUUCACCGACAUCGAACAUUCAGGCAAAAGAGCUGUCGAAGACAAAGACAUUGGGCCUUUGAUUAAAACUAUAAUGACCAGAUGUAUUCAUUGCACUAGAUGUAUUAGAUUUGCCUCAGAAGUUGCAGGAGUUGAUGAUUUAGGUACUACAGGGCGAGGCAAUGACAUGCAAGUGGGCACUUAUGUUGAAAAAAUGUUUUUGUCUGAAAUGUCUGGCAAUAUAAUUGAUUUGUGCCCAGUAGGGGCUUUAACAAGCAAGCCUUAUAGCUUCACUGCAAGGCCUUGGGAAAUCCGUAAAAUCGAUUCAAUUGAUGUUUUGGAUGCUGUUGGCUCUAACAUAGUAGUUUCCAGUAGAACUGGAGAAGUAAUGAGGAUUAUGCCAAGAGUAAAUGAAGAAAUAAACGAGGAAUGGAUUGCAGAUAAAUCAAGAUUUUCUUAUGAUGGUCUUAAAAGGCAACGAUUGGUCACUCCAAUGCUGAGGGAUAAUACAGGGGAAUUGAGGCCUGUAGAUUGGGAGGCGGCUCUUUUAACUGUGGCCAAGCAAAUUAAAAAUGCUGGAGCCAAUGUAGGGGCUAUAGCAGGUGGUUUGGCUGAUGCAGAAGUUUUAGUUGCCGUUAAAGAUUUACUAAACCGUUUGGGCUCUGAAGCCUUAUGCACAGAACAUACUUUUCCAAUGGAUGGAUCUGGGACUGAUUUGAGAUCUAGUUAUUUGCUUAAUAACGGUAUUGCGCACGCUGAGGAGGCAGACUUUGUGCUUUUGGUUGGUACAAAUCCAAGAUUUGAAGCUCCGCUUUUGAAUUCGAGGUUGAGAAAGGGUUAUGUGCAUAAUGAGCUUGAAGUGGCUCUUAUUGGGCCUAAAGUUGAUCUCAGGUAUCAGUAUAAACAUUUGGGCGAUGGUACAGAUGUUUUGCAGCAAUUGAUUGGAGGUGGACAUGAAGUUAGCAAGAAAUUGAAAUCAGCUAAAAAGCCUUUGAUUAUUGUUGGUUCAGAGGUGUUAGAGAGGCCAGAUGGGGCGGCUAUUUUGGCUGUAAUCCAGAAAUUGUCGGCAAGUACUAAAGCUCAAGAAGGCUGGAAAGUUUUAAAUGUUUUACACAAAGUUGCCAGUCAAGUAGCUGCAUUGGAUAUUGGCUAUAAUCCAGGAGUGGACAAAAUUAGAGAAAACAAUCCAAAGGUUUUGUUGCUUUUGGGAGCUGAUGAAGGUGCUAUUGAGAAGGCUGACUUGUGUGACAACACUUUUGUUGUUUAUUUAGGUCAUCACGGUGAUCACGGUGCAACUAUUGCCGAUGCCAUUCUACCAGGAGCAGCCUACACUGAAAAACAGGCCACUUAUGUUAAUACUGAAGGCAGAGCCCAACAAACUUUAGUAGCAGUGACGCCUCCUGGUAGGGCUAGAGAGGAUUGGAAAGUCAUAAGGGCGUUGUCCGAGAUUGUAGGGGCAAAAUUACCCUAUGAUAAUUUGAAUGAAAUUAGGGAUAGAUUAGAUGAAGUGGCACCUCAUUUGACUAAAUAUGGAGAAGCAGAAAAUGCAAACUUUUUCAAACAGGCUCAAGAUUUAGCAAAGAAUGUUAAGACCCAAUUGGAUUGUACGCCUUUAGAUGUUAAACUGAAGGAUCUUUCUGAUUAUUUCAUGACGGAUUCAAUUAGUAGGGCUUCGCCCACUAUGGCCAAGUGCGUCCAAGCUGUUCUCAAACAGAAGCAGUCAAAGUUUUAGAUUUAAUAAAUUAUAAGUUUUGUUGUUUUUUGGUUGGAUCACCUUUUUUCUAUGUUAAGUUGUAUAUUGUUAAUUAGGAAAAAUAAAUCGCUGUUGUGGUCGAUAUAGGAAUACAA